AUGCCGCCAAGGACGAAGGUUACGCGACGCCGAAAUACUUUCUCCCGUCUCUGCCGGACGUUAGACACGUACUUAAGCGGGAGCAGCGACCACAGAGCCACACCACACCCACCUCCCCCGUUGCCAGGACAGCUGCAGCAGUCGCCCGAGAUGCAGAGUGUCGCCGCCCUCGCCUGCCUGCUGGCCGCCGCCCACGCCGGGAUCGUAGCGCCGGCCCACCUCCCAGCGGCUCCUGCGCCGGCGCCGGCCCACGCCGUCGUCUACGACCACUACGCGCCGCCCAGCUACAAGUUCGACUACGCCGUGGCCGACUCGCACACGGGCGACGCCAAGACGCAGUUCGAGCACCGCGACGGAGACCGCGUGACCGGCGCCUACAGCCUCAUCGACGCCGACGGCACGACCCGCAUCGUCGAGUACACGGCCGACGACCACAACGGCUUCCAGGCGGUCGUGAAGCGCGUCGGACACCCGACGCCGGCGCCGCCCAGGGCCGUGGUCGUGGCCGCCCCUGCUCCGGCACUCGCCGCCCACGCGCCGGUGUACGCCGCCCCCGCCCCUGCUCCAGCCCCCGUCGCCCACGCUGCUGUUUAUGCUGCCCCUGCCGCCCACGCUCCGGUGCAUGCCGCCCCCGCCGGCCACGCAGCUGUUCUGGUCGCCCACGCUCCCGCCGCCCACGCAUACUCGUACCCGGCACCAGCGCACGGUCCCGCGCCUUACCACGGCGGGAGCAGCGAACGCAGAGCCGCACCACACCCACAUCACCUGUUGCCAGGACAGCUGCAGCAGUCGCCCGAGAUGCAGAGUGUCGCCGCCCUCGCCUGCCUGCUGGCCGCCGCCCACGCCGGGAUCGUAGCGCCGCCCCACCUCCCUGCGGCUCCAGCGCCGGCGCCGGCCCACGCCGUCGUCUACGACCACUACGCGCCGCCCAGCUACAGGUUCGACUACGCCGUGGCCGACUCGCACACGGGCGACGGCGUGACCGGCGCCUACAGCCUCAUCGACGCUGACGGCACGACCCGCAUCGUCGAGUACACGGCCGACGACCACAACGGCUUCCAGGCGGUCGUGAAGCGCGUCGGACACCCGACGCCGGCGCCGCCCAGGGCCGUGGUCGUGGCCGCCCCUGCUCCGGCGCCCGCCGCCCACGGUCCAGUGGACGCCACCCCCGCCGCCGUCCCUGUCGCCCAUGCUGCGGUCCACGCCGCCCCCGCAGCCCACGGUCCCGUGUACGCCGCCCCUGCUCCCUCUCCCGUCACCCAUUCCGCUGUUUACGCCGCCCCUCCCGCCCACGCGCCGGUGUACCCAGCUCCCGCUCCCGCCCCAGUCUCCCACGCAGCUGUCCUGGCCGCCCCCGCUCCUGCCGCCCAUGCGUACACGCACCCAGCACCAGCACACGUUGCUGCAGCCCACGGCAGCCACCUCCCCUACCAUGGGUAG